AUGACUUGCUUGGCGGUACUGGGUGGGAUCGCCAAGUUUCACAAGAGCUUCGCGCGCAUGUUGGCGGCUUCUCGCGCGCCAGUCUCGCCAAGGCUGGGCGAGCGGUUCUGCUGGCAUGCGGCUGCAAGCAGCAUCUUCAGAGCCCCAGCCGUGACGCAGGGCUUCCAGCGGCUGCAGAGGUUUGCUGUCUACGUGCCCUGGAACCUCCACGAGCCCGAGCCUGGGGUGUACAACUUCGAGGGCCGCUGCGAUCUCCCAGCCUUCCUCUGCCUCUGCCAGGAGCUGGAGCUGGAUGUGCUCCUUCGGCCUGGCCCAUACAUCUGUGCCGAGUGGGACUUCGGUGGCCUUCCCUGGUGGCUCCUGCGGGGCCGGGACCCGGUGCCCCUGCGCUCCUCGGACCCCCAGUUCUUGGAGGCGGUGGAGAGGUGGUGGUGUGGCGAGCUGCUGCCGCGAAUCCGCCCGCACCUGGCGAGCAAUGGGGGUUCGAUCAUCGCCAUGCAGGUGGAAAAUGAGUACGGCUACUGGGGCAUCGACCCUGGCUAUUUGGAGAAGCUGCGCGCAAUGCUGCUUGACACCCUGGGCUCCGAGUGCCCCCUGCUCUUUACCAGCGAUGGCACCUUCUGGCCAGACCUACAGGCCAAUGGGGGCCUGGACAGCAUGCUCCGCACCGCCAACUUCGGCUCCGAGCCGAGCCAGAGGCUCCCUGAGCUGCGCGCCGCACAGCCCCGAGGGCCCUUGUGCAACAUGGAGUUCUGGAUAGGCUGGUUCGAUGCCUGGGGGGCUUUGACCGGCAAGAGCUUCCGCGACCCCCGCGACGUGGCCCGGACCCUGCGCAGGAUCUUGGAAGCCGGGGCGUCGGUCAACUUCUUCGUCUUCCAUGGAGGCACCUCCUUCGGCUUCUGCGGCGCUGGUGGAAACAUCUCGCAGGUGGGGCAGUACGAGCCACAAGUGACCUCUUACGACUAUGGUGGCCUGCUCGAUGAGGCGGGGGAGAUCACCCCGAAGUACCUCCGCUGUCGGGAAGUCCUCGCGGACUUCCUGAAGAAGCCCGAGAUCCUGGAGCGCACGUUUCCGAAGACCCGGCGCUUGCCGGAGUCGCCCGGCCUGGAGAUCGAGGCCUCCCUGUCCCUGGAGCAGGCCCUGCCAUGCUUGGCCAAGGAGUGCGUGAAGUCGGCCGUGCCCCUGUCAGCAGAGCAGGUGGGGCUCGGUUACGGGUACAUCUUCUACCGGACGAAGGUGCCGGCUUCCGACCUGCCGCUGACCUUUGGGGGCGAGGCCAUCCGGGACUUCGCGUCGGUCCUAUUCGAUGGCCAGGUCCUGGGGACUAUCUACCGCAACGACUCCGGCCCCUCCCGAGAGUUCCGGGUGCCCAAAGCUGGCCGGCUGGAGGUCCUCGUGGAGAUGAUGGGCCGGGUGAACUUCGGCCCGGCCCUGCUGCAGGAGAGGAAGGGCCUCGUGGGCCCAGGGAGCGUCCAGCUGGGCACCCCCUUCACCGGCCCCCUGCGCGCCAUCCUCGGCUGGGAGAUCCUCCCUCUUCCCAUGGAUGAAGGAAGCCUCGCGCAGCUUCCCUGGGGCACGGCCCAGGGCUCGGCCGCCCGUAAGGGCGGCUGGGAGCGUGGGCCCAGGUUCUUCCUCUACUCCCUCUACGUCCAGAACCCUGCCGACGGGUUCCUGGCGCUGGAAGGUUUCUCCAAAGGCUUCGCCUGCGUCAACGGCUUCAACCUCGGCCGCUAUUGGAAGGUUGGGCCGCAGCAGACCUUGUACAUCCCGUAUCCCGUGCUGCGCCGUGGCCGGAACGAGGUUUUGGUCUUCGACAUUGAUAGCCCAAAGCUGGCAGAGGGCCAAAGACCUCCCGCUCCACGGAUUGUUUCGGAAGCAAUUUGGUCUUCCGGGGUGCUGCCCGUCGGUGCCAAGGAAGCCGUGGCCAACGUGUCAGAGUUGCGCGACUCUCUUUGGGAGGCUGCCUUGAACAGCAAGACCGAGGUGGUGCGGAGCCUCCUCGAAUUUCGCGUGGACCCGGCGUGUAAGCCCUCCUCCAGCAUCAGCCGACCGCCGCAUCCCUUGAGGUGUUUGCAGUGGACGCCUCUCAUUGCGCUUGCGGCAUCUGGGAGUGCAGAUCGCGCUCAGGUCGUGGCAGAGCUGCUGUCAGCCCAGUCGCCUUCGACAGAGUCCUCCGAGCCUGUCGAGGGCCAGUUGGGCAAGGCUUGUGGUGAACGUCCCCUGGGUGUUCAGCAUUGUGGGGGAAGCGCUGCUGCAGAUGGUGCAGGCCCGGAACGGGUGCCCCGCAGCGGAACCGUGACCAGCGGGCCUGCCUUGAUCAAGGAGGUUCUUCGGCAGGCUCUGGCUCGGCAGCACGUCUCGGAGCUAGACCCCCACCUCGGAGAUCUCCAGCCGGAGGAACUGGAGUCCUUGGAAGGCCAGCUGGAGGCGCUGGUGCACGCUGUCCGGAAGCGACGGCAGUACUGGCUUGAGAGGCGACUCGAAAGUGCUCAAAGGAAGCAUGACGAGGUGUGUCGGGGGAGGCAGACGCUGGAAGAGGAGCAGUGUUGCGUGGUCUGCUCCGAGUUCCAGAAGUCGGUCCUCUUCAUGCCUUGCAGGCAUCUCUGCACAUGCCGCGAGUGCGCCGCACCUCUCCAGUUGUGCCCGAUCUGUCGGACCAGCAUUGAGGAGAAGCUUCACUGCAUACAGCCGUAG